CGCCUGCCUAGCUCCAGCCCGCCAUACCCAGCUCCAUCCAUGACCCAGCACCAGCAUCAAGCAACCUUCGACGCUCACCUAACGUCCAAACCAACGCACCACAUCUACAAAUUCACGCCACAGCAGAGACAAAAUGGAGGUUCUACUGGGCAUUACGGGCAAGGACUUUACGCUGAUCGCCGCGUCGAAGGCGGCCAUGCGUGGAGCUACCAUCCUCAAAGCAUCCGACGACAAAACAAGACAGUUGAACAAGCACACACUCAUGGCCUACUCUGGCGAGGCUGGUGAUACCGUCCAGUUUGCCGAUUACAUCCAAGCCAACGCCCAGCUCUACUCGAUGCGCAACGAGUCGGACCUUUCCCCAUCAGCUCUUGCUCACUUUGUCCGCGGUGAACUUGCUACGAGUCUUCGGUCGAGAAAUCCAUACAACGUAAACCUUCUUUUGGGCGGCGUUGACCCCAUCACACACAAGUCUAGCCUGUACUGGUUGGACUACCUUGCGUCGCUCGCCCCCGUCCCAUAUGCUGCCCACGGCUAUGCUCAAUACUACUGCCUUUCUAUCCUGGAUAAGCACCACCAUCCCGACAUCACCCUCGGCCAAGGCAUCAAACUUCUCACACUAUGCGUCGACGAGCUCAAGAGAAGACUACCGAUAGACUUCAAGGGGAUGACGGUCAAGGCAGUGACCAAGGACGGCGUGGUAGAUAUCCAGUUUGAUGACGACAAGGUGGUGAAGGCUGCUUGAUUUAAUGGGUUCCAUUUGGAGUCUCGUGGGGGAUUUCUCGGUGUAUAAUACCUGGCACGGACGAUGCAUGGAUUCAAUGGGAUUUUAGAAUUCAGGUUCUGGUUGGCA